AUAACUCAUUCUUUUUCGUCCAUAAUCAGGAAAACCAAUGCUCUUAUUAACGUCGUUGUUGUGUAUCAGUAUUGCAAAUGGAGUACUCAGUCAAACUUGUGACAUUACCUCAGCUAACAAAUGCUGGUCUCCUCUUACUGCCACCAUGGGGGAUUUAGUUCCAAGCUCGACUCCCAAGCAUAUUUCACCAUCUUUUAAAGUCAACAACGUGUGCAGUGGACUUCAUAAAGUAUUCAGUUGUUCUGAAAGUAAAAUGUCGGCAUGCAAUCCAGGAGACCGUCUUCUUUAUGAUACUGCAAAAUCCUCCAGCACCUUUCUUUGUACCAAGGGGAAACAAGGAUAUAUUGAGCAUGCUCAAUGCCUCUUUAGUGAAGCUUCACAUAGAAGUAUGAAGAAAUGUACAACUGAGGCAGUGACGUUGAUUCAAAACUUCAUUUUACCAAUGUCUGAUCUCUCGGAAUUAAAAGGAAUAUCAAAAGAAUUAUGUGGGUUUGCCUCCGCAGUUCGCUCAUGUCUUGUUUUAACAGCAAACGAAAAUUGUGGGCAGCCUGCCGCUUUCUAUCUACAGCAAUACGUAGAUGCCACAGUUAAACCAAUGUCUGAUUUUCUGUCAUGCUCAUCGCCAAAGUCAGAAUUAGAAGUGACAUAUUUUCCCUCCUCUGGUAAUUUAGAAGACAAAACUGAGACCCAAACAACAAUGAAUCCAACCCCUCAAAGCAAGCAAAACAUUCCAAGUUCCUUUAUGGACAUAAAUGGACCAAAUACAGACAUUCUAAACACCAUACAACCUGAAGAAAAUGUGAAAAGUACUAAAACAAGCGUCCCAAAGUGUGACCGGUAUUGCUUUGUUUUUACUCACGACUUAUCACCGUCCCUAAAACAGGGAUAUGAUGACUGGUGUGAAAUUAAUUGUCGCCAGGGAUUCUGCCCACAGCGGACGUGUACAUGUAAUUGUAAUCCCGUGCGGAGGAAGAUUGUGUGUGAAGCGGUCGACCUGAGAUUUAAGUUGCAGUCACGUGGUUCGGAGUGGUGUAAUGCAGUUUGUAAGCAAGGAUUUUGUCCCAGGAAUUACUGUAAAUGUAGAGUAGAACUGGAAUCGCAACAUGUUCCUUCGCCAUUGUGAUGGUUCUAAACUGUUUCAGAUUAAAAUAGAUUCUA